ACGAAAACAUCGAUCAAUAAUAACAAUGGGGGGCUUGAAGAGGAAAAUAGAUACAGAGAAGAAGAUAGAGGGGAAACAACCACGCGCUGUUACAUUCUCGAAACGUCGUAAGGGCCUUUUCAGCAAAGCGUCGGAGCUUUGUCUUCUCUCCGACGCUCAGAUUGCAAUCUUAGCGACUCCGGUUUCUGCUAAUUCACACAACUCUUUCUACACGUUUGGACACUCGUCUGUGGAUAGCGUUGUCGCUGCUUUCCUCUCUGAUCAGACUCCGACUCGGGAUGACGUCGAUGAUGAAAAUUUAGGGUUUUGGUGGGAAGACGAGAGUCUCGCCAAUUCGGAGAAUCCGGAGGAACUGGCUGACGCGAUUGACUCAAUGAAGAGGAUGUUACAAGAUCUCAAGGAGUUGCAAAGAGAUCAUCAACACGUCGUCGUGGAGAAGGAGAACAACAACAACAAUGCUUCUUUUACUUUACGUGGAAACGACGACGUGGGUGGAUGCAGCAACCAAGGGAUAUUAUCAACUGAUUCUGAGGUUCAUGAGACUCAAUCUCAAGCUAUGCCGAUGAUUGAUUACGUGGGUGAAGGAUGCAGCAACCAAGGGCUCGACUUUGAUCAAAUAUUUGAUUCUGCGGUUCCUGAGACUCAAUCUCAAGCUUUGCCCAUGAUUGAUUCUGACAACUUUGAUCAAAUAUUACCAAUUGAUUCUGAGGUUGAUGAGACUAAAUCUCAAGCUAUGCCGAUGAUCGAUUUGGACGACGACUACAGUCUUUUCUUCUCUUCUGAUUUCUUCAAUGAAAUUGACAUUGAUGCACUCUAUGCAUAA